AUGUCUGCUGCCACAUGUCUGAAAUCUGAAGAUCACUUUCUGUGCUCCAUCUGUCUGGAUGUGUUCACUGAUCCAGUCACUACAUCAUGUGGACACAACUUCUGCAAACACUGCAUCACUCAACACUGGGAUACCACUGAUCUAUGUAAGUGUCCCCUGUGUAAAGAGAUGUUCUACAAUAGACCUCAGCUGAAGAUCAACACUUUCAUCAAUGAGAUUGUUGCUGAGUUCAGACAUGAAGCUCAACAGAAAGCCAGCAGCAGCAGCUCAGAACAACAAGCUGCCAAACCAGGAGAAGUUCCCUGUGACGUCUGCACUGGAACCAAACUGAAGGCCCUGAAGUCCUGCCUGGUGUGUCUGCUCUCCUACUGUGACUCUCACCUGGAGCCUCAUCUGACAAUGUCACGUCUGAAAAGACAUCAGCUGAUCCACCCCGUGGACAACCUGGAAGACAGGAUGUGUAGGAAACACGAUAAACCUCUGGAGCUGUUCUGUAAGACCGACCAGACAUGUGUCUGCCUGCUUUGCCCUGUUUUAGACCACAAGACACAUGAUGUUGUUCCUCUGAAAAAAGAAUAUGAAGGAAAGAAGGCAGAGCUGGGGAAGACAGAAGAUCAAAUUCAGCAGAUGAUCCAGAAGAGACGACUGAAGAUUGAGGAGAUGAAAGAGUCAGUGAAGAUGAGUAAAGAUGCUGCAGACAGAGAGAAAGCAGAAGGUGUUCAGGUCUUCACUGCUCUGAAGGAGUCUGUUGAGAGAGGCCUGGAGCAGCUCAUAAAGGAGAUCGAAGACAAACAGAAAACAACAGAGAAACAGGCUGAAGGUUUCAUCAAAGAUAUGGAACAGGAAGUCUCUGAGCUGAUGAAGAGGAGCUCUGAGCUUCUCCUCCCGACAGCUGCUCCACCCACCAAGGAUUGGACAGAGGUCAGCGUCAGUCCACCAUCAUAUGAGGGGACUGUGGUGAGAGCUGUGACUCAGCUGGAGGAGAAACUCAGUAAAGACAUGAAAAAGCUUCUUUCUGAGGCUGAACUGAAGAGGGUCCAGCAGUAUGCAGUGGAUGUGACUCUAGAUCCUGUUACAGCACAUCCUAGACUCAUCCUGUCUGAUGAUGGAAAACAAGUGACUCAUCGUGACGUGAAGAAGGAACUUCCAGACAACCCAGAUAGAUUUUCUACAUGUGUAAAUGUUUUAGGAAAGAAGAGUUUCUCUUCAGGUAGAUUUUACUUUCAGGUUCAGGUUAAAGGAAAGAUUGACUGGGAUCUAGGAGUGGCUAGAAAGUCAAUCAAUAGGAAGGGAAACAUCACUCUGAGUCCUAAGAAUGGUUUCUGGACUAUAUGGUUGAGAAAUGGAAAUGAAUACAAAGCUAAUGCUAGUCCUCCAGUGCGUCUGUCUCUUGGUUCUCGUCCUGAAAAGGUGGGGGUGUUUGUGGAUUAUGAGGAGGGUCUGGUCUCCUUUCAUGAUGUAGAUACUGCAGCUCUUAUCUACUCCUUUACUGGCUGCUCCUUCAAUGACAAACUUUAUCCAUACAUCAGUCCCUGUAAUAACAGUGGUGGUAAAAACUCUGCACCUCUCAUCAUCUGUCCUGUCAAUCAAACUGUCUGAUCCAUUUAAUGAUGAAGCUUUGAGGUCAAUGAAUGAACUUAUUGAUCUUCACUCUUUAUUCACACUCUGUACAUAUAUGCUUUAAUACUACAAUACUGGUACAGCUGAGAACGCAAGAUGACAGUACAGUUACGGGGAAGUGAGGCGCCUGAAACGUUGUAUGACCAUCGUAGUCGACUUUCACCAAAUCCUUGGCAGAGGGGCGAAGAUCCAGCAGUGUUUGGCGGUCGUACACAAGCAAUGAGCUGACAGUAGAGAUAACAAUUGACACAAAGAGCACAAACAUAAACAACAUUUCCAGCAAGAGACGACGGGCCACACACACACUGGCGCCAUCUUCAAUCCACCAGAAGUCAUAGGUUCAAUGUCUUCAUGUUAAGAAGUAACAGAAUAAUGUCCAGGAUAGUUGAAUCAAAUUUGUCACUCACUACAGGUUUACCAAAAAAGGUGAGGAAAGCCUGUGUAGAUUUUCACUGUCCUGGCAUCAUCGUGUUAACAUGCUUCAAUAAGAACUACUACCCCAGUCACUAGUGAGGAAAUAUUUAAUUAUCCAGAUAAUAUCCAGAUUAUAAUUGUGAUUGGGAUGUUUAGUCGACUCCGUUCAGGUCUCAAAUUCCAGAAUCAUCCCCAAACAGCUCUGUAUUUACGAUGAUGUUGAUCUUAUUACUUUCAUACAGCUCUGAGGAAAGUCUGAUUGAAAAGAACAGUUUCAAGAAAAAAGUUUGUAAUGAAAAGGGACAAUGAUGUGAUUAUGUUAUGUU